AUGUCAGGGACCAUUCACUCGACUAAAUUUGUGUUUAGAGAGAUAACGAUACCUCUUCACUAUAGAACAACUUACUUAAAGAAAACAAAAAUGGCAGCUGCCAUGGGCGAGAUGAAGGAGACCAAUAACGAAGACGGAGAUAAAGCGGCUUACAGAGGGAAGGCAUGCAUUAAAAAUCACCCGGAUGCUCAUUUGAUAAGACCUUGUACUAGCUACUGGAAAGAGUUUACAUCGUGUUGUUCGUCAACAUCUCGUAUGAGACAGCUAUAUAUUAAUGGUGUAGAAACAGACUGCUUGCCUCUGAAGAAAAUAUCUGACAAAUGUUAUGCUAUGGAAAAAGAAGAAAUGGAUGAAGCCACAAAUGAAUUGAUAACGUAUGAGAAGCAGAGAAAUGCAGAGAGAACCAAGUCAAAAUCCGCGAACAAUGUGUGGGAGUACCGUACGUCACCCCCCGAAAACUGGUCAGCACCACUUCCCGAAUUCAUGGAAGCCAGAAAAGACACUCACCUCAAUAAAAUACAGGACACGUGGGAAAAGGAUGAACUUCGAAUAACUAUUAGGGAAUAUAUUAUGAGAGAUCAAAUGUGCUCAAUAUCCUGACCGUGAGGGAUAUUUAGUGUUAAAUUUGACAUCUAAUAUUGAUUAGUAUUAAAUUAUGUCCAAACUGAUAAAAGUGUAUUUUCUUA